UGAUGCCCCGUGUAAGAGUGAGGUGGAGGAGGACAUUCCAGGAGAUGUCACCACAGAAAAUUCCUCUGAGGGAAACAUCAUGUUAUCACUGAGUUGUAAAGCAGAAGAUGAAGAUAUAACACAGCACUCUUCAGGGGAAAACCUCAUUACCCUCAAAGUACCACCAGGACGUCACAGUACAGAUCUGUCUUAUAAUCCCCCUAAUCAUGAGAAGCCUUCUCCUGACCAAGCACAGAAUGUUACCACAAGUGCAGGUCAGAAAGUGGCUGAACGGUUUCACCGUGGUAAAGAGUUCACAAAAAGCUCAGGUCUUUCUACACACAUAAGAAUUCACACAAGAGAAAAGCCAUACUCAUGUUCAGAAUGUGGAAAAUGUUUUACUCAGAAAUCAAAUCUUGUUACACAUCAGAGAAGUCACACAGGAGAGAAGCUGUAUUCAUGUUCAGAGUGUGGGAAAUGUUUUACACAUAAAUCUCAUCUUGUUACUCAUACGAGGAUUCACACAGGUGCAAAACCAUAUUCAUGUUCAGAAUGUGAAAAGUCAUUUAAAGAUAAAUCAAGUCUCAUUAGACAUGAGAGAAUUCACACAGGGGCGAAGCCGUAUUCAUGUUCAGUAUGUAAGAAGUCCUUUACAGAUAAUUCAACUCUUAUUAGACAUGAGAGAAUUCACACAGGUGCGAAGCCGUAUUCAUGUUCAGAAUGUGAGAAGUCCUUUACAGAUAAAUCAACUCUUGUUAGACAUCAGAGGUGUCAUACCGGAGAGAAGCCAUUUUCAUGUUCACAUUGUGGGAAAUGUUUUAUGAACAAAACAAGUCUUCUUACACAUGAGAGAACUCACACAGGAGAGAAGCCAUAUUUAUGUUCUCUAUGUGAGAAGUGUUUUGCACAAAGAUCAAAUCUUGUUAAACAUCAGAGAAUUCACGCAGGAAAUAAACCACAUUCGUGUUCAUAUUGUAGAAAGUGCUUUAUAGAUACAUAUAGUCUUAUUAAACAUGAGAGAAUUCACACAGGAGAGAAACCAUAUUCAUGUUCAAAAUGUGGGAAAUGUUUUGGCACUAAAUCCAGACUUACAUAUCAUGAGAGAAUUCACACAGGAGAGAAACCAUAUUCAUGUUCCGAAUGUGGGAAAUGUUUUAUUUAUAAAGCAAAACUUAGAGUACAUCAGCGAAGACACACAGGAAAGAAGCCGUAUUGAUGCUCUGUACGAAGACACUGUGUACAAGGAAAGGAAAUUGAGAGGAACGAGAGAAUUCACAUACUGAAAAACAUAACUUGUUUACACUCAGUGGAAUGCUAUAAAAAAUAAAUAAAAGAAAAUCAAUAAGUUUAUGUUUUUGGGUGGAAUUAGCCUGGAUCUGGCAAAUGCCCAAAUUAUAUUUGUCAACCGAGAUCCAUGAAGGAAACGUAUUGUGGAUAUAAGAAAGAGAAGAAGCAGUGAGGAUGAAUUGUCCCCAUGAGCCUUGCAUCUUAUUACUGUAUUCACACCUCCACCUACACUGCGGGAGAGUCCAGAGUGACAUGGGGGGAAGUAAUGACGCUCCAUGUAAUUGUUCUAUAAUGUAUGUGGACAUAUACAGGGAGUGCAGAAUUAUUAGGCAAAUGAGUAUUUUGACCAAAUCAUCCUCUUUAUGCAUGUUGUCUUACUCCAAGCUGUAUAGGCUCGAAAGCCUACUACCAAUUA